AUGUUGACUCGAUCGGCCAAUGCGUCCCCCAUCAUACACGGCUUCCACUAUGCGCCCUCGCACCCGUCACCCGGCCACUCAUCUCCCCGGAACUCGGCCGUUGCAGCACCUACUGCCGCGGCCGCCUCUGCAGCCCGGCGGCCGUCUUCUUCGUCGUCGCCGCUCGUAAACGGCGCAUCUGCGUCGUUGCUGGCAAACGCUGCCUCCUCCAACACCAGCCUCAGUGACCGCGCCAGCACCAGCGCUCCGUCAUCACCUGCGCUCUCCCACGCACCGUCAUUCGCGUUCUCCCACCCUCCGACGCCCCUGGCCGCUCCGCUCGCCAGACCUCAUCACCGAGCUCCUCCGUUGUCGCGUUCACCGCCACGAUAUGUGGCUGUAGACGCCGCUACCCAGUACUCGCCCAUGGAGCCCUUUGAUUAUAACACCACGCACCGCCAUCAACAACCUCCGUCCUCCGUCCUCCAUUCCUCUGCCAUCGCCGCCGCCGCCGCCGCCGCUGCUGCUCCUCCUCCUCCUCCUCUUUCAUCGCAUGCUCUUGACCCGUCGUCAUCCUCCUCACGGCCUCCUUCAAAACAGUCCACACCGCGUGAGAUACCACGCAUACCCGGACCGGUGCCCAUGGAGCCUGGUAUCGAGCAGGGCGUCGACCACGCCACCACCAGUGCGGCUGCGGUGACCAAUGGCGCGCGUCAUACGCACAAUGGCCGGCCCGCCCCCGGCGCCCCGGCAACGGUGCAGCCGGUAACUGCAUCGACCACUGUGCCUGCUCCCGUGUCGGGGCCAGCAUCUGCCACCUCGUCCACGUCGGCAUCCGUCCCACCAUCCGUAUCGAGCGACCAUACAGCCGUUGCGUCGUCUGUGGCGGAUCCGCCUAGCGCCUCGUCUUCUGCCCCGUCACAGCAGCCAUACACAACCUCUCCUCAGAAACGCCGGAGCUCACCGGCUCCUCCGACCCGCACUGGUCGUCUCCCAUCACUUUCCGUCGCCGGCAGCCCACCAACUGCUGCAAAACGGGCUCGACCUGAAGCCGCGCCAGUCAAAAUGCUCCCGGAGCAGUACGACCAGUGUCCUGUCGAAGACAUGGUUGUGUUAAUUGCCAACAUGCUUGGCGAGCUGAUCGAGACGAACGAUGCCUUGGCCCUCAAGUCGGGCCAUCUCACACGCUUCCACUCCAGGACGCCUCCUGGAAUCUCCGUGCUGGACUACCUGCACCGCCUGGCAAAACAUGCCACGCUGAUCCCCCCUCUCCUUUUGUCCAUGGUGUACUACAUCGACCGUCUCUGUGCAAUGUACCCAGACUUUACGAUCAACACCCUGACCGUCCAUCGUUUCCUUAUAACAGCGGCGACAGUGGCUGCCAAGGGCCUUUCCGACUCGUUCUGGAACAACUCGACCUAUGCGCGCGUGGGCGGUGUGCGGGUCGCCGAGCUGAAGAUGCUGGAGCUCGAGUUCCUGUAUCGUCUCGAGUGGAAGAUUGUCCCCAAUCCCGAAGUGCUCGCCGCCUACUAUCGCCCGCUCGUCGAGCGCUGCCCCGGCUAUGCGCUGCCGUCCGACCACACCCCCUCGCGACACGAGCACGAGAUGAUCGAUGACGAUGAUGCCGCCGCCAACGACGAAAACGGCAACGGCAACGACGACCCGGCCACCGGCAGUGCCGCGCCACACUCGACUGGUCACUACAGACAGAGCAGCACCACGCUGAUCGGCGAAGACCUUGUCGUCUCUGGACUGACAAGGCAAACGAGUCGGUAA